AUGAGUCGGGUGCUAACAGUCCCUAAUGGACCCAAUGUUGAAUCGUAUACCGGAUUUAUAACAGUCAACAACCGAUACAAUAGUAAUAUGUUUUUCUGGUUUAUACCAUGUUUUAAAAAUCCCGAAACGGCACCGGUAUUAGUCUAUCUAGAAGGUGGUCCGGGAACAUCAUCACUAGUAUCACUGUUUAUGUGGGGCACAUUCAACAUAGACUAUAAAUUAAAUGUAACAAUAAACCCGUGGUCAUGGAAUCGUCAAUUAUUUUCCAUUAUAUAUGUGGAUAAUCCCGUCGGAACAGGAUUUAGUUAUACCAAUGAUUCAGAUAAUGGCUAUUCCAGAGACCAGUUAACUGUUUCACAGAAUUUAUAUGAAUUUCUCAGACAAUUUUUCCUGGUUUUCCAUGACUACCGUAAACGGGAUUUAUAUUUAGGCGGUGUAUCAUAUGCUGGGAAAUAUGUGCCCGCAUUUGGCCACUACUUAAUACAAAUGUCAAACAAAUCUAAUCUGAAUUUCACGGGUAUACUCGUUGGCAAUGGUUUUACUGAUCCAAUCAAUCAGUUAGCCUAUGAUAAGACACUAUUGAAUUUGGGUUUAAUCGAUGAAAAUCAAGCCAUUGAAGUCCAGACAAAACAAAAUCAAUUCAAACAAUUGAUAAAAUCUAUGGACUAUUUUAAAGCAUCAAAAUUAUUCCAACAAUUAAAAAUUUUUGUCGACAAAUAUUUGGCACAACAGUCGGUUAGGAAAGCCAUACACAUUGGCAGUGAUGGUGUUGUCUAUAAUAUGACCAGUCGUUUAGUUUUUCGUAAUUUGUUUGAAGAUAUUACCCGAUCGGCUGAACCUAAUUUGACGGCACUUAUAGAUAACGGCUAUAAAGUAUUGUUAUUUACCGGUAAUUUGGAUAUUAUUGUUGGCGUCGAAUCUACCAAUGGAUUGCUAUUAAAUAAAAAUUAUAAUAGAGCCAAACGUUGCAUUUGGAAAGUCAAUGGAAACGACCCGGAAAUAGCCGGUUAUGCAAAAAGUUUCGGUAAUUUUCAGCAUAUUAUUGUACGUAAUGCCGGCCAUUUUGCAAUGUUAGAUCAGCCCAGGGCUACACUAGAUAUGGCCAAUCGGUUUAUCAAAUCACUAACAUUUGAUUAA